CUGGAAGAGUACAUUGCUGUUGAGCUUGAUGUCUCGCGGUUAAAUCGGAUUCACGAUCAUCUUUGGUUUGCCGGAAGUCAGAGGAAGCCUCGCCCCUUGCACGAGCAGAUAAUGAAGCAACGAACACUCUUAAUCACGGAACAGGCUGACUUGCACCUUGUGUGGUGGGGGAAGGUCUUACUGAUUAAACCUCUUCCGCCCUUUUUGCUUUCCUAUACCUUCUUUCAAUCUCACCUAUGUACGGAGAAUGUACCCAAUGGACAGUUAGCGACAUUACAUGCCAGCGCCUCGGGACUACUUUACUCUUAUGCAAACCUCAUUCUUCAUGAGAGCGACUUCCGAAUUGCGCGAGAGCUGGGCCUGCUUCCUGAAAUGACCUGGCAAGAAUGGGCGAGGUUCGCGCGGAGCGUUCGCCUCUCGCUUGAUAAAUCAAACCUGGAGAAUACCGUCAAUCAAAGGUAUCUAUACGGCGAGUUGCGACGGAAGCGUCUGAACUGGAUCUGUCGUUUUGUACAUGGACACUGGAUCCGUGGGUAUCAUUAUGUGUAUACAGAGUACCACGAAUUUUUCAGUAGCAAUUUUGCUUGGUUGGUGCUCGUUUUCGCCUAUCUCACCGUCGUAUUCUCGGCGAUGCAGGUAGCUUUAACGACGCAUGCCGGGACUGUUACACCGUUACUCCAGUCUAUUUCCUUUCGCUUUUCGGUGGCUUCCUUAGUAGCGGUGGCAGCUGUAGUAGCUUCCCUAUGUGUAUUGUUUGGGGUACUGGUAGUAAACAACCUUUAUUGGGGGUUG